GAUUGCACAAAGUUUGUUUAGCAAUGUUUGGGCGGGUGCUACCGUCCGUUCCGAUCUCCUUUACUCGCUUUGCUGCGAAUUUAGCUACAGCGGCUGGUGAGGUUUCGGCUGAGUCGGCAGAUGUGGAUCCGGCAGUCUGUUCAAGAAAAUUAUUUAAAGUGCCAAAAAGCCCUUUCGUGGAAACUCCUCAGGCUUGGGUGUCUACUUUCGACGCGAUUGAAGAUAGAAAAUUAGGAAUCAUUGACUUACAUCCAGAUGUAUUUCGAGCCCCGCCAAGGCUGGAUAUCUUGCACAGGAAUUUGACCUGGCAGGAGGUAUAUAGGAAUGUCCAGCUGACAAAACAACUGACUCGUGCUGAGAUGCCAGGAGGAGGACGAAAACCAUGGCCUCAGAAGAAAACCGGACGUGCCCAUGUCGGAUCCAUACGUUCUCCACAGUUUAUUCAUGGAGGUUUUGCUAAUGGUGUUCGUGGACCACGUACAUGGUUUUACAUCUUGCCUGAUGCCAUUAGGAUAAAGGGCUUGUGUGUGGCGCUUACUGUGAAACAUGCACAGGACUGUCUCCAAAUUGUUGACAGACUGGAUCAACUGCCAGCAGAUGCUGACGCACAAUUCAUGCAUGACUUAGCCGAUCAUCGCAACUGGGGCUAUUCCGUGCUUUUUGUCAGUGAGAACGAUGAGAUAAUUGGCGGACUUGCGAAUGCCAUAGAGCAGAUCCCAUCAUUUACGGCCAUGCCAGUUUAUGGACUGAACUGUUUCUCUUUGAUGAAAUAUAACACAAUAGUUUUCUCUCGUGCAGCUUUGGAUCUGUUGGAAGAGCGGUUAUUGAAGCAAAUGUACAGAGCUGGUCCUAUGAAUAAAAAAUACAGGUAUAUGGAUUACAAAGAGAGAAUACUGAGAGAAGGUGAAGGAGAAGACGAUCCUGAGCAGCCGCCUAUAGUUUGAAUUAAGCUCGAAUGCAUAGUUGAUAGAAAUCUGUUUUCUACCUCUCAAGCGUACAUGCUAUAGAGACCACUGUAUAUUUAUCUAGAGUAUUUGAUGAUAGGUUCUUAUGUUAAAUUGUUGAUCUUAGUCGAUAUCUUCCUCCACUUGCACUAGGUCUUGCUCUGUCUAUGUAGAUGACUCUUCCUUAAGAAACUAUGUCCAACCGUUUUUCAAGCAGUUGGAUAAUUAAACCGAAAUUUUUUGAGGCGAAUUCAGAUAGCAUGGUAGACAUCAUAGAAGAGUUCCUCCAGCGCUGCAAGGACUCAUCUAUGGUGUCUACGGGACUGUCUGAAUAGGCUUUCUCUUGAAUCUGCCU